AAUGCUGUCUCAUAUACCCAACUGGAUUAAUGAACGCAGCAGAGGCUCUAGUAGAGGCGAGCACCAACGAUUCUACCAUAGAAUGGUGCAGUCGAGCUACAUCUCGAAAGUACGAAUGGAAAGUCAAACGUAUCCCCAACGACUUCUUCCCGCUCAUUCUCGUCACGCAAAUCGUUUUGUCGAUUUAUAAGAAGGUGUACCGCGUUUCUGUCUUGCAUCGAAAUUCACGCACGUACUUUCUUUCAUACCACAUAGCCUCAGCGCAUUUCCUUCCACUACAAUCAUGCCCCGCUUAGACUACGAGCAAAAUGUGUGCCUGCAUUGCAAGAACUAUCACUACGUCGUGAACCCAGGCGCAGAAGCCAGCAUCUUUGAUAUCCUACAGACGAAGCAGUCAAAGCUUGGAGAGGACAAUGAGGCUAUUCUUUCUGUGGAAGUGCUACAGAGCCAUACGCAAGCGCUCAAAUGCCAGAUCGAGAUUGAGAAAAAGAAACACCAGGCAACGAGAGACAUGGCGCAAGAAAGAAUGGAUGCGAAAGUCAGCGACAUAAAGAGGUUGCAAAACGAGAUCGAUAACGGCAAAAGGGAGCUGGAAGCUGAGAGAGCAGUCUGGAAAGCGGCGAGGCAGGACAUCCUUAACACUUUGAAGCAGAUCAAGAAGUAGUUAGGAGGUACUCUGUGUAGAAUCACGGUCUCGGAGGCGCUGAUAAUGGGUUCGAUAUUGAAGGACACGGAAAGCUACGAAGUUUAAAGAGAG